AUGGUGAACAACACCGAAUACUACAAGAUCCUAGGUGUAUCAAAAGACGCGUCGGAGGCUGAGCUCAAGAAGGCUUAUCGUAAAGAGUCAUUGAAAUGGCACCCGGAUAAGAAUCCCGGCGACAAGCGAGCUGCAGCUGAAGAGAAAUUUAAGAAGCUCGGUGAAGCUUACGAAGUUCUUUCUGAUCCGAACAAGAGAGAAGUAUACGACCAACUCGGUGAAGAAGGUUUGAAAGGCGGUGGUGGACCGCCUGGAGGUGGAUUUGGUGGUGGCUUCCCAGGUGGUGGCGGCGGUGGUGGAUUCUCAUCAUUCCACGCUACUGAUCCAAAUGACAUAUUCAAUGCAUUCUUCUCAUCCUCCGGCGGUGGUGGUGGUGGUGGCAUGGAAGAUAUCUUCGGUAACUUAGGUGGAGGCGGUGGUGGACGAGGAGGACCAAGAAUGAGACAAUCACGUAUGGGAGGUGGAAUGCCGGGAAUGGGUGGUGGUGGUAUGCCAGGUGGAUUCGGUGGGGAACCACAAUCUGCUCCUCCACCUCCAGGCGAAAUAACCAAACCUCUCGCCUUGACUCUUGAAGAGCUAUACAAAGGAGGAACGAAACGACUCAAGAUAACUAGACAUAUGAGAUCUGGUGCUCAAGAGGAAAAGAUACUGGAGGUGGCUUAUAAAGCAGGCUGGAAAAAGGGCACCAAGAUCAAGUUUGCAGGUGCGGGUAACGAAGAUGAAUAUGGUCAAUCUCAGACCGUAGCAUUUAUUGUAGAAGAAAAGAAGCACAACCGAUUUGAAAGAGUGGACGAUGACCUAAUCACCAGACUCAAUAUCACGUUAUCGCAAUCUUUGCUUGGACCUGAUGGGGGUGGAGCAAUAACCAAAGAGGUAGAACAACUAGAUGGAAGGAGAAUAGAAAUCACUUUACCUGAGGGACAAAUAAUCCAACCGGGUCAAGAAACUAGAAUAUCCGGUGAAGGAAUGCCAGUCUCCAAAGCUGGUUCAGCGAAGAAAAAGGGUGAUUUAAUAGUCAAAUGGAAUGUUGUCUUCCCAACUCGAUUAACACCUGCGCAAAAAGCAGAACUGCGAAAAGUGUUGAAUUAG